GCAGAACCCAACGUAAAAAAAUAGUGGAGGCCACCUAAAAAAUUCUUUAAGGGCUCUUGUAUCCCAAACAAACCCGUACGUACAGUGCCAACGCACUAACUCCAAUAUCCACAAUCCCAACACAUACGGCCCCGCCUUGUCUGUGUUUUGUUGGUGUUGGUCUAAUUAGAAUAUACACACACAUGUGUGCACAAUCGUGCAAUAUAUAUGAUCUCCUCUCGCGGAGCCCAAACACUAACAGUAAUCCCCUCGUGAAAUCAUCAUGGAUACUCCGCCGCCGCUGCUCCACAUAGACAACCUACGCGCUGUCAAGGUACUCGGCAAAGGCGCCACCGGCACGGUAUUCCUCGUCCACGACAAGUCCGGCGGCCAGCCCUUCGCCCUCAAGGUAGCCGAGAAAUCCUCCGCCCACCGCCGCGCCCGCCACGAGAUCUCUGUCCUCCGCCGCCUCCCUCCCCACCCCCUCCUGCCACACCUGAUCUGCUCCUUCGAGGACGACGAGUUCAUCUGCUGGGGCAUCCCCUUCUGCCCCGGCGGCGACCUCAACGUCCUCCGCCACCGCCAAAGCGACCGCGUCUUCUCCCCCGCCGUCAUCCGCUUCUACCUGGCGGAGAUCGUCUGCGCCCUCCAACACCUCCACCAACAAGGCAUCGUGUACAGAGACCUCAAGCCCGAGAACAUCCUCGUCCAGCUGUCCGGCCACGUGACUCUAACUGACUUCGACUUGUCACGUGACUUGGCCGUUAGAAAAUCCCAUUUCUCUUCCCACACGAUUCCCAAAUCCAAUACCCGCUCCCGUUUCGCUCUCGGGAAAAAGAAAGCCAAGAGCGCGCGCGUGUCUCCCGUCAGCCGGAGAAAUCCGAUUGAAGAUUUCUCGGCCAAUGAGCGCUCGAAUUCAUUCGUGGGCACCGAAGAAUACGUGGCGCCGGAGAUGAUUAGAGGCGACGGCCAUGAGUUCUCGGUGGACUGGUGGGCGCUGGGGGUGCUGGCCUACGAGAUGCUCUACGGGACGACGCCGUUUAAGGGGAGGAAUCGCAAGGAGACGUUCCGGAAGAUACUGCUGGCCCGACCCGAGUACAUCGGGAAACCCGACCCGCUGACGGGCUUGAUCGGGGAGUUGUUGGAGAAGGACCCCACGCGCCGCCUCGGGUACUGGAGGGGCGCGGCGGAGAUCAAGGAGCAUCGUUUCUUUCGGGGCUUGAGAUGGGAGCUGCUGACGGAAGUCUCGCGGCCGCCGUUUCUGCCCUCGAGGGAUGAACCGAAGGAAGGUGGGAUUGAUGUAAAGGAGCACUUUCGGAGGAUGAACCUGCCACCGUCGCCGCCGCCAGAUGGAUGUCGGAGUGACUUGUCGUUGGCGGAGUUCUGACGGCGUCUAAUUAGAAUUAUUCUUUUUCUUUUGAUUUCAUUGUACGUUUGUAAAUAAAAUAAGGAAUUAAGAAUAGUUAAUGCCUGAAAAUGGGCGCUAAUCAAGAGUAUAUGUCAGUGGUUACAGAUGUGGAAUGAAUUAGAUGAGUUGCAUUAAGCUUUGCAUUAAUAAAGAUAAAAAUAAA